UCCCCGAGGAGGUGUGGAAUAUCAAACAAAUGAUAAAGUUGACACAGGAACAUAUAGAGGCCCUAUUGGACAAAUUUGGUGGGGAGCAUAAUCCACCAUCAAUAUAUCUGGAGGCCUAUGAAGAAUACACCAGCAAGCUAGAUGCCCUCCAACAAAGAGAACAACAGUUAUUGGAAUCCCUGGGGAAUGGAACUGAUUUUUCUGUUUCUAGCUCUGCAUCAACGGACACCGUUACAUCUUCUUCCUCUUCUAGCCUUUCAGUGCUACCUUCAUCUCUUUCAGUUUUUCAAAAUCCCACAGAUGUGUCACGGAGCAACCCUAAAUCACCACAAAAACCUAUUGUUAGAGUCUUCCUGCCCAACAAACAGAGGACAGUGGUACCUGCAAGGUGUGGAGUUACAGUCCGGGACAGUCUAAAGAAAGCACUGAUGAUGAGAGGUCUAAUCCCAGAGUGCUGUGCUGUUUACAGAAUUCAAGAUGGAGAGAAGAAGCCAAUUGGCUGGGACACCGAUAUUUCCUGGCUUACUGGAGAGGAGUUACAUGUAGAAGUGCUGGAAAAUGUCCCACUUACAACACACAACUUUGUACGGAAAACUUUUUUCACCUUAGCAUUUUGUGACUUUUGUCGAAAGCUGCUUUUCCAGGGUUUCCGCUGUCAAACAUGUGGUUAUAAAUUUCACCAGCGUUGUAGUACAGAGGUUCCUCUGAUGUGUGUUAAUUAUGACCAACUUGAUUUGCUGUUUGUCUCCAAGUUCUUUGAACACCACCCAAUACCACAGGAGGAGGCCUCCCUAGCAGAGACCACCCUUACGUCUGGAUCAUCCCCUUCCGCACCCCCUUCCGAUUCUAUUGGGCCCCAAAUUCUCACCAGUCCGUCUCCUUCAAAAUCCAUUCCAAUUCCACAGCCUUUCCGACCAGCAGAUGAAGAUCAUCGAAAUCAGUUUGGACAACGAGACCGGUCUUCGUCAGCUCCAAAUGUGCAUAUAAACACAAUAGAGCCUGUCAAUAUUGAUGACUUGAUUAGAGACCAAGGGUUUCGUAGUGAUGGAGGAUCAACCACAGGUUUGUCUGCCACCCCCCCUGCCUCAUUACCUGGCUCACUCACUAAUGUGAAAGCAUUGCAGAAAUCUCCAGGACCUCAGCGGGAACGGAAAUCAUCUUCUUCCUCAGAAGACAGGAAUCGAAUGAAAACACUUGGUAGACGGGAUUCAAGUGAUGAUUGGGAGAUUCCUGAUGGGCAGAUCACAGUGGGACAAAGAAUUGGAUCUGGGUCAUUUGGGACAGUCUACAAAGGAAAGUGGCAUGGUGAUGUGGCAGUGAAGAUGUUGAAUGUGACAGCACCCACACCUCAGCAGUUACAGGCCUUCAAAAAUGAAGUAGGAGUACUCAGGAAAACGCGACAUGUGAAUAUCCUACUCUUCAUGGGCUAUUCAACAAAGCCACAGCUGGCUAUUGUUACCCAGUGGUGUGAGGGCUCCAGCUUAUAUCACCACCUCCACAUCAUUGAGACCAAAUUUGAGAUGAUCAAACUUAUAGAUAUUGCACGGCAGACUGCACAGGGCAUGGAUUACUUACACGCCAAGUCAAUCAUCCACAGAGACCUCAAGAGUAAUAAUAUAUUUCUUCAUGAAGACCUCACAGUAAAAAUAGGUGACUUUGGUCUAGCCACAGUGAAAUCUCGAUGGAGUGGGUCCCAUCAGUUUGAACAGUUGUCUGGAUCCAUUUUGUGGAUGGCACCAGAAGUAAUCAGAAUGCAAGAUAAAAACCCAUAUAGUUUUCAGUCAGAUGUAUAUGCAUUUGGGAUUGUUCUGUAUGAAUUGAUGACUGGACAGUUACCUUAUUCAAACAUCAACAACAGGGACCAGAUAAUUUUUAUGGUGGGACGAGGAUAUCUGUCUCCAGAUCUCAGUAAGGUACGAAGUAACUGUCCAAAAGCCAUGAAGAGAUUAAUGGCAGAGUGCCUAAAAAAGAAAAGAGAUGAAAGACCACUCUUUCUCCAAAUUCUCGCCUCUAUUGAGCUGCUGGCCCGCUCAUUGCCAAAAAUUCACCGCAGUGCAUCAGAACCCUCCUUGAAUCGGGCCGGCUUCCAAACAGAGGAUUUUAGUCUAUAUGCUUGUGCUUCUCCAAAAACACCCAUCCAGGCAGGGGGAUAUGGUGCGUUUCCUGUCCACUGAAACAAAUGAGUGAGAGACUAUAGGAGGGAGAAUUUGCAGCCUUCAAGUAGCCACAUCAUCAUGGCAGCAUCUACUCUUAUUUCUUAAGUCUUGUGUUCAUACAGUUUGUUAACAUCAAAACACAGUUCUGUUCCUCAAAUCUUUUUUUAAAGAUACAAAUUUCCAAUGCAUAAGCUGGUGUGGAACAGAAUGGAAUUUCCCAUCCAAGUAAAGAGGGAAGAAUGUUUUAGGAACCAGAAUUCUCUGCUGCCAGUGUUCCUUCUCCAACACAAGCACCACAUGCAUACAAGUCUACCCACUCCCAAGAAGAAAGAGGAGAGACCCUGAGUUCUGACCUUUUGAUGGUCAGGCAUGAUGGAAAGAAACCACUGCUACAGCUUGGGAGAUUUGCUAUGAAAGGUCUGCCGGUCAACUUUGCCUUUCUAACCACCAGAUCGAUACGUGGCUGAUCAUCUAAUGGGGCAGUUGCAAUCACCGAGCAUCAUUCUCUUGCCUGUUCUGGGAUUUCGUUGUGGAGUUCUUUCCCCUAGCCAUCACUGGUUAAUUUCUGAGGGAUGGAACAAAAAUGCAGCAUGCCCUAUCUGUGGAGCAUGUUCAGUCCUUGACAAAUUUUUAUCAAAAUGAAGCUAUUUUAUUUUAAUGGAAGAUGAGAGGGGAGCAGGAGCUACGUUUGGUGCAGAGGAAACGGGAAUGCUGCAUCUUUUUCCUGACCUCCUGGGUUUCUGGCCUUUUGUCCCUUUGCUCACUGAGGGUGUCUGCCUAACCACGCAGGCUGGAAAGUGCUGGCACACAUUGCCUUCUUUUCUCAUUGGGUCCAGCAAUGAAGAAAAGUGUUUGGGGAUUUUUUUUCCCCUCCACGAUAAAGCAGGUUCUCAGGAAAAUCUUCCUCCUAAGCUCUUCCAGUCACCAAGUACUUGUGUGGCUUCUUUGUCCAGGGCACAAAAAUGCCCUGGCAGUAUCUAAUUAAAAACCUACAAAACUGCUCAAUAACAGUUUUGAAUGUGAGACAUUUAUGUAAUUUAAAUGUAAGGUACAAGUUUUAAUUUCUGAGUUCAUUAUAUUUUUAUUAAAAAGAAAAUAAUUUUCAGAUCUAAUUGAAUUGGAAUAAAAUAAUACAUCCCACCAGAAUUAUAUAUCCUGGAAAAUUGUAUUUUUGUUAUAUAAACAACUUUUAAAGAAAAAUCAUUAUCCUUUUCUCUACCUAAAUAUGGGGAGUCUUAGCAUAAUGACAAAUAUUUAUAAUUUUUAAGUUAAUGGUACUUGCUGGAUCCACACUAACAUCUUUGCUAAAAUCUCAUUGUUUCUUCCAACUGACUCCUACACUACAUCCUUCAUCCUCUUUCUAGUCUUUUAUCUAGAAUAUGGAACCUAAAAUAAAAAUGGUGGUGUCUUCAUUCAUUCUCCUUCUUCCUUUUUUCUCAAGCCUGGUCUUCAAAAGGUUGGGUAGUUUGGCAGCUGGAUUCCCCAGGCAGAGCAUAGACCAUCGGUAGGUGUGUUGGGACGGAGGGAGGAUGUGUGAAGCCUAAUGUCAGUCAUUUUUAUGGAAGGAGCUGCUGUGGUUUUAAGAUCCUUUGUCUUUGUGUAAAUGGAAAAUAUAACCUACUCAUAGCUUUCUUUGGCCUUUACUAAAGGGUCAUGUAAGUCACAGUAGCAGCAAAGAAAGUGACUGUGGACAUAUUAACGGCAGAUACCUCCCUUAUCAUGAGUCUAGAAUUUCUAUCAGGAUUUAGGAAUAUAAAUCAAAUCAAAUGUACUUAUCUCAACCAAGCUAUGUGACCAAGGAUCUGAAAGAAAUUAGACAGGACCUAUAAAAUAAACCAGGGAAUUAGAAAAUGUUAUUGAAAAUUUUCAAGUUGUAAUCCCACUUGCCAUCUUUCAGCCUACUGAAAUUCACCGCCAUUAGGUGAUUUUUACUAAAAUACCUGUAUUCAGAGGAAGGCCUACUGAAAAUUUCAUGGACUUGUAAGAGAUCCCAGUAAAAGGGAAAUAUACUGAAGUUUGUAGUGAAUUUGAAAAACAGUGUGUUCUUACGUCUUAAUGAGCAGAGCAGUGUCUUUGCAUUUCAGAAAUUGCAAAGAUGGAAAUGGUUUGUGCUGAUUUGAAGAGCAUCUCGUGUGCAUCAUGAUGCUGCCUGUCUUUUAAAAGCCUUGUUUAUUUUUCUUUUAAAAAUAUGUCCCCAUGGAUACUUUUAAACAUGCUUCUGUUCCCUUACUAAGAUUGCGGAGAGCUGAGCUCAAACAAUAGGCAUGUCCUGCUGAGCAGGUAGAGCCUGCUGGAGGCUCAGGUGCAAGACUCCUUCUGGAGGGCGGCAGGAGCCAGCACAGGAACUAGUUAUGGAUGAAGCUUAGCACUGGAGUUUCCAAGCAAUAUGCAAGGUGAUACACUUUUUUCUUCCUUUUUCAUAUAGGUCGCUAUCUCAUUUGAAAAGGGGAACAGACUUGAUCUCGAAUGAAGCUGUGCCCAGGCUCAGGGUAUUCUUGAAAGAUUUUCAUAAAGCCCUUAAAAAAUAAAAAUAAGUUUUGAAAGUUUUCCCUUUUCUUCCUUUUUCCAUCAGAUAGUUUUUUCUCUAGUUUACAGUUGACAUGAAGAAAGAGGGUCCUCUGAGGUUUACUUUCUUUAUUUUUUGAUGCUUAACUACAGAUAGACAUGUCGAGCUCCUAAGGAAUACAAGGAAGAACUCCUUGUUUGUGCAAAGCACUUUAUGAGUAAAUUUGUGUGGAUAGUAUAUGGCUGCUUCACUGAUUAUCUUGUAAGGCUGUCUUUUCCGUAAAGUGGCUCCAGUGCCUUCUGUAGUGUAUUUUAUUUGGGGGAAGAAGAGGUGAAGCCUUCUGAAAAAUUUGAGAGCAACCUUGAAAGAUUGUUUUAAAAGUGUGGUAUUCCUGAUGGACUUUUAAUCAUGAAACUACAGUCCGGGGUCUAGACUUUUGCCACUGAAAUAAUAUUGACCAAAAAGUAGUUUAUAAAAGAGAUUUGUGAACAGAAAAUCCAAUGUGAUUAUUCGCAAUUAUGUGCACCUUAAAAGAAGAUUCUGUCUAGCUGUCCAAUUCUGGUUCCUGAACAUCCAGUCCUUGAUUAUAUGUGAGAACUGGUAGGACAUCCUGGGGCAUCCUAGAAGGUAAAAAUCCCAUAUAAAGUAUAUGUGUUACAUUCCUGUUGGUGUUGGAGAAGAAGGAGCAUUAGGUAAUUCUAAAGAAAUAGUGCAAGACUUCAGCACUGUCAACCUGGAACUAAAUAUUUCCUAGAUGCCUACUGGGUGCAGUCACAGCUCCUUCAUCACACAGCGUUAUCUGUUAUUCAUCGGGCACCGAUGGGACGGCUGCACGCAGCCCCGCUUCAGCUCCCAGCCGCCCCUCCUGCACAUUUCACCCUUCAGCCUCGUGCAGACCUCAUCUAGCUUCAUCUAGCUUUAGUUUGAAACAUAUUGCAGAGUUCAGGUGACCUCUUCAAAAAACUACCUCCUCAGAAUGAGGUAAUGAAUAGUUACUUAUUUUAAAAUAUGAAAAGUCAGGAGCUCUAGAACCUGAAGAUGACUUAGGAUUUUUAACUUUUAUGUGUACUUGUAUUUGAGCGUUCUCAUUUUGUCCCAAAGGGCAUUAUACAUUUAAACAGUAAAACUGAAAAAUAGAGCUCAGCAUAUCUGAAUGUUGUUGCAAGUGGUGCCAGAAUCUGUUUAGGGGUACAUUUCAGAAUCUUAACCUUAAGUCAGUUGCAUGAAAUUAAAUAGUUAUGGUAUCACUUCACUAACAAUGAUAUACUUUUAAUUUUCAGUGGGAUUGGCAAGACAGUACAUCUUCAUAAUGAGUUAGCCACAGCUUUGUCACAUGCACAGAUAUUCCUAUAGAGAGACUGCCCAGCUAAGAGGGUAGGGAAUGAUAACCCAUUUUGCAAGAUUCUCUUCUUUGUUCAAGUUGGCAUUGUUAGUGCUAGAAUAUCAGCACCUUGAGACUAGCAGAUUCCAACCAUUAGGGUAUUUUUUUUUUUUUUUAAAUAGCCAGACAUGGAAGGUUUACUGUGCGUAUGAGCAGGAAAUUGCUUAUAGGUCAUACACUGAAAUGGUGUAGGUGAGGCUCUAGAAAAAUACCUUGACAAUUUGCCAAAUGAUCUUACUGUGCCUUCAUGAUGCAAUAAAAAAGCUAAAAUUUUAGCAAAAAUCAGUGAUUUGUGAAGAGAGCAGCCACUCUGGUCUGACUCAGCUGUGUUAAUAUUUUUUAGAGUGCAAUUUAGACUGCAAAGAUAAAUGCACUAAAGAGUUUAUAGCCAAAAUCACAUUUUAAAAAAAAAUGAAAAAACACAGGUAAAUUUUCAGUGAACAAAAUUAUUUUUUUAAAGCACAUAAUCCCUAGUAUAGCCAGAUAUAUUUAUCACAUAGAGCAAAUAGGUUGAAAUUAUAGUUCAGUGACAUUUCUAGAGAAACUUUUUCUACUCCCAUAGGUUCUUCAAAGCAUGGAACUUUUAUAUAACAGAAAUGUUUGACAGACAUUUAAAGAAAUUGCUGUAGUUUAGGAUUGAAGUACUGUAUGCUGGGCAGCAACCGUGUGUGUUAGUGAGAAGGGGGAAGGAAAUUAAAAUAUAAGGCAGAAUUUGAUUUUGUCAGUUUCCAGAGAACUGCUGCCUACCUAGACACUGAUUUUUCAUUGUUUGAAAUGUAAACUUGCCUCCCAGGACUGGUUGGCAAAUUAAGUGGGCCUGUGCUGCUAAUGUUGUUUGGGGUGGUGUCAGGGCAGAUGGGGUCUGUCGGGGGGGCCUCCUUUGUUGGGGGACAUCAGAGUAGUUAAUGCCUUGGCCAGAGGGUGUGAACUGGACACACUGCAUGCAUAGUAUGCUUCUUGUGUCUUGCUUCAUGCUCACCACCCCCAAGAAAGGCAAUACACCACCUUGAGCACGUUCUCCAGACGUUUUGCUAAGGUGUACCACUAAUGCCACAGGGCGCUAAGCGCCCGAGGAGUACGUAGCAUCUCUGCCUGAUUGCUGGCCAGCCGAGAGCUAAGUGGCCAGUGUGUGCGUGUUCCAUGUUGCUAGCUCGGGUAAAAUUGAAAAUACUGGUAACAUUUUUGUUAUAUCAGUACACCAGACAGUAAGCUUUUUGUUGUUGUUUUCAGAUAACUUAUUUUUACCUCUGUUUGGGCAAAGACAUUUAAAUUGAAAUUCAGUCCUAAAUGUUGUCAGUAUAGAAAGGGUAAUUAACAGUUUCAGGUAUUUUUAAGGUAGAAGAGGACAGAAACUUAGCCCUAAAAUCUUAAAAUAAGAUAAGUGAUUUAUUUAAAAUGCGUAGACAGUCCCCACCUCAAAAAACUGUUUUAAGUAGAUAUUUUAUUUCAGCACCACAGCUUCAGCUGUUUAAUUACUAAAUCAGUUUCAUUAAAAUGUUUAAUUUUAUUUAGCUGUUUUGACUAAUUACAAUGUUAUAACCAGUUGUGCAUGAGGACACAGCAGUGUAUCGUUCUUUUGUGAUGCAUUUUUUAAAGAAUUCUAUAGAUUGAAGUAAUCUUUGAAAACAAAGAACUGAAUUGUGUUUAUUCGUGUUAGUAUCAAAAACAAAAAAAAAACAAAAAAAUAGAUGUGUGCAGUUUGUCUGCCUCUCCUGCAGGCCGAGCACGCCGUCCAGCACCCCUAAGCUGCUGGUUCUCAUCAGUUUGUCUGUAGGGAAUCGGGCAUGAGGUCCACUUAGGAGACGUGGCGGAGGAAGGGUUCCGUUGACAGGGUGGAAGUGGGGAUUAUGAGUAGGUUGCUUAGUACUGGUUUUCUUUUGAAAAUUAUUGUGUCGCAUUUGUGUGUGGAACUAUUUUACCCCAUGUGUGUUUUGGUGGAGUCUGAGUUACAUAGGAGGAAACUUCAGACUAGCAUAAGCAACAAAGCUCAUAGACUAGGCACAAAUAUAGAGAAAAUGGACCAAAUAGGAUGGGGGAGGGCAUGGGAGUAAGUCUGAGGGUAGGGAAAAAUGGACGUGAGGGUGGGAAAUAAACCAUAAUUAUCUGAAAUAAAAUGUAAGAGUGCAAUAAGUGUGCUUUUUACUAAGCUGUGAACGGUUUUUUUAAAAAUCAUUCCUUAUAUAUUUGUGUAUGUUCUAUAGCUGAUUAAAACCAGCUAUGUAAACAUAAUGCCUUUUUACUCACAUUAAUUACCAACAUAAGUGGCUAACCUUUAUGUCUUAUUUAUCUUCAUGUUUUAUUAGUUUACAUACAGGGGCGUAUGUAUGCUGUACCCUUUCCCCUCCCUCGUUUGAAAAUGCAUUCAUCGGGUCCCCUGUGUGUUGCCCUUGUCGAUGCUAUACUUAUAGUCUGUUCGGCCUUCAUGAUGUCGCCUGAUUUGAAGGACUAUCAGCGAUAUAUCUUUGUGGUGAUCUCAUUUGUUGGUUGUACACUCUGACCCUUUCGUCACUCAGCAAUUGCUGCUUCUCCUAAAAUAGCUCAGAACUGGUCAGGGGAUUGAAUGACCAUUCAUUGACAUAUGUUCCUUUGAAUUCUAUUCAAUGGUUAUGAUUGCUCUUUGGUUUGGACCACAGAAAAGGAAAUCACCCCCCUUUUCGUUUACUCCUUGGUUUGAGGACAGUUCUUCUGUAAGGGAGAGGAAAGGGAAGUCCUUCAUGUUUUAACUGAGAUGAAUUAACUGCUCCUGGUUUACCACUCCCAACCUUACGGCAACUCACAUACACAUCCUCUCCUCUCUUGUUGCCAGAGGUUCAAGUUUAGUUCACUUCAGUCCCACUCAAGCAUUGAAAAGGUUCUCAUGGAGUUGGGUGUGCCCAGUGAAAAGAUGGGGACUUUUUAAUUGUCCACAGACCUCUCUAUAACUGCUUUGCAAAAAUUACUAUGGAGUAACUAUUUUUAAAGCUUAUUUUUCAAUUCAUAAAAAAAGACAUUUAUUUUCGGUCAAACGAUGUGUCUCUCUUGUCCCUUAAUCCUCAGUGUUUGCUUGAAUCUUUUUUUUUUUUUUCCCCGAUUCUUCCCCAGACCCACUUCUUGAUACUUCGGUUCUCUUUCCUGCUCAGGUCCUUUCAUUUGUACUUUGGAAUUUUUCUCAUGUAAAUUUGUACAAUGGAAAAUAUUGUUCAGUUUGGAUAGAAAGCAUGAAGAAUUAAAUAAAAAAAGCUGAAAUUCAGAUUGAAGAAAUUUAUUUCUGUGUAAAGUUAUUUAAAAACUCUGUAUUAUAUAAAAGGCAAAAGUUCUAUGUACUUGAUGUGAAUAUGCGAAUACUGCUAUAAUAAAGAUUGACUGCAUGGAGAA